GAACGUGUUAGAACGCUACUGCGAUACGUUUAUAUUCUUGUUUCAUAUUUUGUUCACUUCAAUAUUUUUAAUAUUCUACUAACAGUCAAUUGAUGUGCAAUAGUAGACAUUUUAUAAAGUAAAAUGUUUGGAAAGAAAGAGAAAUCAAAACGACAAACACGGCCUGCUGGUAGCCUUGCACAGUAUGGGAUUUUUGAUAUCCCAGAAAAUUUGGACAACAUAGGCAAUGAGUUUAUGGAAGAUGAUGACAACAAUGAUGAUUUAGAGGCUGAAUUAGAAGCUUUAACAAGUGGUGAUGACAGUGUUUCAAAACCUAAACAAACAGCUCGUAGGCCAGUUCCUAAAGCAAAUUUAGAUGCAAUGAUAGCUGAAAGUAUAAAAGAUAUAAGUGUUGAGGAAGUAUCAGAUGGAGAAGAUGAUCCAGAAUUAUUGAGUGAACUCAAGAUGAUAACAGGUGAUGAAUCUGAUGAAAAAGUUUCUCCAGAAGAAGAAGAAAAUUCAGUAGUAGAAAAUACAGAGCAAUCUAAAUCUCAACAAAAUGAUACACCUAUGCAAAACACAAUUACUUUGUUACAAGAAAGAUUAAAACUUUACCAAAUUGCUGAGAAAAAGGCAAAACAGGAAAAUGAUCUAGGAAGAGCAAGAAGAUUUAAUAGAGGCAUUAAAACACUUAAGGAAUUAUUACAUAAUGUCCAGGCAGGAAGAGUUAUUAAUGAAGAUGAUAUGCCACCAGAAUUGCCUCCAUCUGCUACUGCAGAAUCAACAGAAACAGCAUCAAAGAAUGAUGAAUCAAAACCAGAGAACAAUGUCUCAACAGAAGUUGUUGCAUCCACAGAAAGUAAUACUCCUGAAGAGCCUAUGGCUACAAAAACUGUGGAUGAAGAAGCAUUAAAAUUAUUAAUAGAUAGACAACGGGAAUAUAAAUUGGCAGCAGUGGCAUGGAAAAGAGCUGGUAACAUGAAGGAGGCUCUUCAAUGUAUAAGCAUAGUAAAACAAUUUGACAAAGUAAUUGCAGCAGUAAAUGCAGGAGAGACAGUUGAUUUGUCAGAUAUGCCAUCCCCUCCAAACACACCUGGGUCAAAUACUAUUGCAGUAUCACCUGAAAAAACAGAAAAAAUAGAAAAUGAAAUGCAAGGAACGUCGUCUUCGGAAACAGCAUCUACAGAAGUAAAACCAGCUGGUUUAGAAAAUGUAGAAACUGCCUUAAAAGAACGACUUGAAGUGUACAGAAGAAUGAAAACUACCGCAGAAAGCGAAGGAAAUUCUUCUAAAGUUCGUAGAUAUGGUCGUAUUUGCAAGCAAUUUGAAGAUGCUCUUAAAUUACAUACUCGCGGAAAACCUGUUCCUUUGGAUGAGUUACCUACUCCACCUGGUUUUCCACCUCUUUCACUUGGCCCACAACCUAGCGCGUCUACUCCGGCAGUGGAGAAAAAUGAAAAUCAACCAGCGCCAAUACCAGAGUCAAUUCCAGAAUCCGAACCAGCCGAGAAUAAAAUUGAUUCAAGUCCAAAAAGUCCCGUUUCACCUCCAAGAAGACAGGGAGGAAAGAAACAAAUAGGAAAACAGACACGCGCUGACAAACAAUCAGCUUUAUUGCAACAGCGUCAACACGAAUUAAAGCAAGCUGCUCUGAAUGCGAAAAAAGAGGGUGAUCUAGAAUUGGCACGUAACUAUUUAAGGCAAGCAAAAGGUAUAGAUCCACUGAUCGAAGCUAGUACAGCUGGAUUACCAGUUGACAUGAAUUCCAUACCACUGUCGCCUCGUGCCAAGUUCGAAUUAAGUGGAGAUAGUAUAACUGGUCAGACGGAUGAUAGUUUCGUAGUCCUGAAUAACGAAGAUUUUGAGGAAGGAACAGCAACAGACGAAGAAAUUUAUGAAAAUCUUGAAUCACAGUUAACGAAACAAAUCAAGUGGUGUUUAUGUACAAGGGAUCAUUCGAAGGCAUUAGGAGAUGUACCUGGAUACAAUAGGUGGGAACGACUUGCAUUGGGUUAUAAAAGAGAUUUAGAUAUGUUGAGAGUAAGAAAGCGCGAUGCUCUACCAUCGCCGCAACAUCAUUACGAAACGAAAACCUAUGCCAUAGUUCAGAGUUGUACAGACUUGAGCGAUGCUGACAUAGAAAUUUCGAUCAUAAGAGGGGUUAAUUAUUCAAAAGAGGGAGAUACUUACGUUAUGUUUGAGUUUCCUUAUCCUUCGGAUAAUCCUCCAUCGGAUAGAACGGUUACUAUUAAAGGAACAUGCAACCCAGAAUAUCAAGCUGUAUUUCCACUGACCGGUAUAAUAGAUCGUUCUUUGAGACAAUGUCAACGAGCUUUUAAAAGACACGCAUUAAAAUGUCAAGUUUGGGCAAAAGGAUGCUCGCUGAAUCCGUUCCUGUGUUGCACUAAUCCAAGUGGAUUCUUUAGGAGUGACAGCCUGUUAGGUACAGUAACGGUGAAAUUACAGCCUUUGGAAACUCAAUGUGAACUUCAUGAUUCAUUUCCGCUAAUGGAUGGAAGAAAAGCAACAGGUGGAAAAUUAGAGCUGAAAAUACGUUUGAGAAAUCCAAUUCUCACAAAACAGAUAGAGCAAAUUACAGACAAAUGGCUAACUAUUGAUUAUUAAUUGAAUAUCUGACUGUUUGCUUCGCUAAUAAUAGCAUUAUUGUCACCGCAGCAAUGUAACUUUUUCAGUUGCGAUGCGAUAAGAAAGAUAUUAUAUACUUUGCUUUAUUAGAAAUGAUUGAAGCUUAUCGGAGUAUCAGCGAAAUGAUGAUUCGUACAUUUUAUAAUAUGAACAUUCAGCCACGUACAGGUAUACACAUACAUAAUAUAUAAUGACAUUUGUCUAAAAUAUGUACAGUUUAAUAUGCACACUUUAAUAUGUAAAUAAUAAAACGUAUAUUGUAUAGGAAGCUUGUAAA